AUGGCUCUUAUAAGGGUAUUUUUGUGUAUAACUUUUCUUGUUGUCCAAAGUGUAAUAGUUUUACAUGGACAAACGACAUGUCGAUUUGCGGAUUUAUUUACUAUAGAUGAACUUGUUUCGGAUCGAAAUAAUGCUAUUCAUCGAUUUAAAAUGCAUAUGUGUUUAUGGGAAGGAAAAUUUGGUAAUGGAGUUGGAUAUAAUCAUGAAAUAGGUAUUACUUAUGAUGGUCAUAAAAUUGAUUAUACAACUGGUGAUUUACAUGAAAACUUACAAUAUUGGACAGCAGCAUCAAAAGAAGCAUUACAUAUUAAUAUACUUGCAUUAUAUUUUAUGGAUAAUAUAUAUGCACAACAGUUUUUUGGUAAUGCAUCUCAAAAUGAUGUCAUUCAAAUUUUAGAAAGAAAAAUUGAAUCAUAUAAUGAUUUUCACCGACGAUAUCCCGGUUUCGGCGGAUUUUUACCUUGGUUUGCUGCAAAUGGUACAGCUAUGAAUUUAUUGGGUGGUUGGGAAUCAAAAGUACCUGGCCUGGAUAACGGGCAAUUGAUAUGGAGCAUUAAAAUAUUAAUUGAUGUACUUAAAAAUAAAAAUUUAAUUUCUUUAGCUGAUAAAUAUGAAAGACGUUUAGAACUUAUGACACUAACAGCAAUACCUGUAUUUUAUGAAGCUCGAAGAGGUGGUCUUCGUUGUGAAUCACGUAUAUUGAAUCUAUUUAAUGAAAGUCAAAUGACAAAUCCAAAUAAUUAUGAAACAAAUGGUGACUGUUUAUUAGAUGAUCCAUAUGAAGGUGAAUUAAUGACUUAUUAUAUGGAUUUAUAUGCACCAUGGACAUUCUAUAAUUAUACAAUGGAAGAACGUAAUCGUCUUUGGGAAUAUAAACGUGCUCGUCUUGUUCGUGAUGAAUACAAUACAAGUACUAACAAUCCACAACAAGUAACUGUUCAACGUGGUUUUUGGUUUUCAAGUCAUGAACAAUGGAAAUAUUUAUAUUUACCAUAUCAAGAUAUUGAUCUUCAAAAACGUCUUUUUAUUAGUGGAGAAAAAGUACGUGUACAUCAUUCAGCACAAAAUCGUAUACCAGGUCUCUAUGCUAGUGUAGCAUCAGAUGCUAAAGUUGGUACUUAUCAAGUUGAUUAUUAUAGUGCAUGUGGUAUUCAACAAAUUGCUUUUCAACCAGUUGAACAUACAUCUGUUAUUACACCUUAUGCAAGUUUUCCUGUAAUUAUGGCUAAUGAAUCGAUUGGAUUAGCAUGGUAUUUAAAUAUGCUUCAAGGUCCAGCUAUGCAGAAUAUGUAUGGAAGUACAGAAGCAACAAAUAUGAAUGGUUUAACAAUAUCACCAGUUAUAACAUGGGAUUCAAAAAUAACAACUGUAGUAGCUAUGCUUAGUUCUCAUUUAAUUAAUGUUACUCGACAAAUUCUUACACGAGAUCAAACUUAUCAACGAUUUUUUAAUAUAACUGAAUAUGAAUGGUCACGAGUAUUUGGUUCCAAACCAUUAUUAGGUGAGGAUCUUGCAUGGUCAUUACCUUCAGUUCAAAUUCCUCGUUCACCUAAUGGUUUACCAGAUUUUACUCAAUGUCGUAAUGCAUUGACAACUACAUCAUCAACAUCUAGUUCUACUCAACCAAUUUCAUUAUCUGUCCUUCAUAAACCUUCUUAUAUCACCAUUUCGAUCUUAUUAUUUGCUCUUUUUAUUCUUUUAUUGAAAUAG